ACUCUCCCCCACGAAAUCCAUCACGAAUACUGGAUAGGUCAUUCGCUCUCGCAUCAAAAUCUAGCUCGGUCGCAUUCACUACAUUACGAUAAUGACAGCAGUGCCUGGGUUAUGGAAAUGGAUCAUGUCCCUUUUCCGCUGUUGGAUCUUUUGGAUCAUGAUACCUGGCAGGGGAGAGAAUGGGGGUUUGAAGAGGUUAGUUGCUUAUUUAGACAGGUUCUGGAUGCUGUUGCAUAUAUGCAUUCCCGUGGACUUGCGCAUCGCGAUCUUAAGAUUGAGAAUAUUAUGGUGGCGCGGAAUGGUGUUGUUAAAGUCAUCGAUUUUGGCAGUGCUGCAGCGUCGCGAGAUUUACUGCAGACUAGCGACAUCUGCAAAAACUGGGUCGGCACACCCAUCACCAUGGCGCCUGAAACUCAUGGAGAAUCUUUCUACGAUCUCGAAGCCGCCGAUGUAUGGUCCUUAGGAAUCAUCUUCGUCAGGUUGUGGCUUGGCGUCUACCCUUGG